GGAAGAUGACCCGGAAGGAGGCCGAGAGGCUUCUACGAGUCAAUGGAGACUUUCUCGUAAGAGAGAGCACCACCACCCCGGGGCAGUACGUCCUGACGGGCCUCCAGAACGGGCAGCCCAAACACCUCCUGCUGGUGGAUCCGGAAGGAGUGGUUCGGACUAAGGACCACCGUUUCGAGAGCGUGAGCCACCUCAUCAGCUACCACAUGGACAAUCACUUACCGAUAAUCUCCGCCGGGAGCGAGCUGUGUCUUCAACAACCCGUGGAGCGGAGACAGUGAGGCCCGUCCGCCCGUCAGCUACAGGCAGCCACGUUCUUUCUUCUUUAGACUCUCUCCGAUCACGGGGGGGGAAGGG